AUGUCUGAGGCAGACUUCGCCGCGUGGUGGGAGGCCAGCGAGCUGAGGGAACGUGGUGCCGGUUGCUUUCUGGACGCGAUGAGGCGCGAGGUGGCCCGGCGCCUGCGGCUACGCAACUUCCGGCAGCUCGGGCUCGCCUGCGGCGAGGUUACACUUCUGUUGGAGAAGCCUGUCGAUCCGGACGCCAGCAACCGCCGGGGCAGAACGGCCUUGCAUGAUGCAGCAGCCAAAGGCUUGGAAAGAUGUGACGACAUCGGAUGCAUGGACAAAGAACUUGCCAAGGCAAGCUGCGCCCGCUGCGUCACGAAGAUGGGGAUGGCGGAAAAUGGCUUGCCCGGCACUUUGGGCGGGCGAGGCGCCCAUGCCAACUGCCGCACGAGUUGGAGGUCGGGGCAGACCGAGAAAUUGCGAGAGCACAGAGGACGCAAUUCAGGAGUGCGACGGCUGGGGGUGCCCAGAGAGGAUGCAGAGCCGGGCGUUUGCUACGUGACGCUGCAUGAGUUUUUGGAGGGCCUGCGGACUGUUCCUUUGCAGGGCCUGGCUGCCAUUGGCAGCACGCUGGUGGCGCUCUUGGAGCAGCACCCGGACUGGAGCUCUGCCACCUUCACCUUCCGCGCCAAUGGCAAGCAGAUCAGUGGGGGCCUUCUGGCUGCAGCCUUGCGGCUGUGCCGCUUCGAAGUGCGUGCGCUCGUAGAGGUCUCUGCCACGGGGGUGGCGGAGACAGGCGGCUGUGGCGCUUUCGAUUCUGUCUGUACCACGGGGGUGGCGGUCUUCGGCCUCAAGAGGGAGUGGCACGAGUGGCACACAUCCAGGCCAUCAACCCCUGCCAUGGGCUGCGUGCGCCGCGUCACCGGGGAGGCUGUGAUGUCGGAGGCCGACUUCGAAACCUGGUGGCAGACUUCGCGCGACCCAGCUGCGCCCUUCGUGGACGUGCUCAGGCAACACCUGGCCAAGCGCUUGCAGGUCCGAAACUUCCGACGGCUCGCCCUGGUGAGCGGCCAGCAGGUGCUGCACAUAGACAGCCCUUGGCAUGCCGAGCCCUUGGUGGCCGUGAUUCAGCAGUACGUGCCGAGCCCUGACAGCCACUCUGAGCUAGUUCAGGCAGCAAGCACCGGUGACGCUGUCAAGGUCGCAAGUGUCCCAGUGAUUCAGUAG